AUGCUUUUAACAACUGCAGUUGGUGAAAUGGUCAUUUAUAUACCUCAAGACUCACCGUUUUUGAAUAUGGGAGGUAGAGUUGUUGAUCUGGCUUACGAAUUUGCAACAAGUAUUAACUUUUUUUUGAUGCAGAGUAUUUAUUCCGCUUUUGAAAUUGUCUCAGUUUGCAAUUUAUUGUUGACUUUUGACAUAAAUAGAAAUUCACCACUUUUACCGGGACUACCAAUAGCUGCACAAAUAGUAAUUUUUGGUUUAAUCAACCUAUACGCUGUUAGAUGGUUUGGAAUCGCUGAAUUUUGGUUUAGUAUAGCUAAAGUUUUAUUAGCUAUCGGUCUAAUAUUUUUCACAUUGAUAACAAUGUGUGGUGGUAAUCCGCAACACGAUGCAUUUGGUUUUAGAAAUUGGCAUGUUGAUAGAAUAAUGGCAGAGAUGUAUACAACUGGAGCAUUAGGAAGAUUUCAAUCAUUUUUGUAUGUUUUGAGAAAUUCCUCCAGUUUCACCUGUGUUGGACCAGAAUAUUUGUCGAUGGUAGCAGGAGAAACAAUAAAUCCCAGAAGAACAUUAUCAAAAGCAUUCAAAAGUAUUUUGUACAGAUUGGUAGUUUUUUAUAUCGGCGGGGCAUUAAGCGUUACUAUUUUGAUUGCUUAUAAUGAUCCAAAAUAUAAUGAUAUAGUCAACAAUUCAAAUUCAGCGUCAUCACCAUAUGUGGUUGCAAUGCAAAACAUGGGUAUUAGUGCAUUACCUUAUAUCGUUAAUGCGGUUAUCUUAACAUCUGCAUUUUCAGCUGGUUCAGCUUAUGUUUAUACUUCAUCACGUUGUUUGUUUAAUUUAUCAAAAAAGGGAUUUAUACCAAGGUUGUUUUCAAGAUGUAAUAAGAAGGGAACUCCAUAUUUUGCAGUUUGCGGUACAAUGUGUAUUACAUUUUUAUCGUUUAUGCAAUUAGGUAAACAAGGUCAAAAAGCGUUCAAUUAUUUAGUCAAUUUGACAACAAGCGCUCAAAUUUUGAACUAUGGUUUUAUGUCAAUUACUUACAUUAGAUUUUAUCAUGCUUGUAUAGCUCAAAAGAUUGACAGAAAUGAAUUUACUUAUAAAUCAUGGUUUCAACCAUAUUCAAUUUAUUUAGUUUGUGCUUAUUACUGGUGUUUGAUUGGUAUAUUAGGUUAUCAAGUAUUCAUGCCAGGAAAGUGGACCGUUGAUUCAUUCUUAUUCAGUUAUAUUAUGUUAUUCAUUUCAAUAGCAGCUUAUGUAUUUUGGAAACUCUUCAAAAGACAACCAUUUGUAAAACUCAGGGAAGCUGAUUUAAAAACUGGGUUAGAAGAAAUCGAGGAACAUGAAUAUGAAUAUGAAUAUUAUGCUAAAUCAGAAACAGUUGAACGUUCGUGGUUGAGAAGGUUACAAAACUGGAUUUCUUAA